AUGGACAAUAGCAACACAAAAACAUUUCUGAGGGAAAUAAAUGGCGGAAUUCAUCGUCGACGAGAAAGGGCGACGACGGGAAAUGAAGGCACCGCAUCUCCAGAGAAUGAACUCGAGCGCGUGGAGUCACUGCCGAAGCCAGUAGCACAGAUCCAGCCUUCAGGCUUUCCUACUGAUGUCACGUCUAUUCCUGAAUGGGGCACCUCACCUGUGGAAGACUUUGAGGAAGUCUUCACUCCGUUUAUUCCCCUUAACACACGACCAAGAACCCCUGGGGUGAAGAAUCCGUUUUUCCCCGUGACAGGUGAAUCGUAUGGUGCAUAUGCUGUCAUGUGCAUCUCCAUCGUCAUUUUCACUGUGGGGAUUGUUGGGAAUAUAGCAAUCAUGUGCAUAGUGUGCCACAAUUACUACAUGAGAAGCAUUUCAAACUCCUUGCUGGCCAACCUCGCCCUGUGGGAUUUUAUCAUCCUCUUUUUCUGCUUGCCACUUGUUAUAUUCCACGAACUCACUAAGGAUUGGCUCCUUGGGGAAUUCUCCUGUAAAAUCAUUCCAUACAUUGAGGUGGCGUCUUUAGGAGUAACCACCUUCACUCUUUGUGCUUUGUGCAUUGACCGUUUCCGUGCCGCGAGCAACGUCCAGAUGUACUACGAGAUGAUCGAGAACUGCACCUCCACUGCAGCCAAGCUAAUGGUGAUUUGGAUCGGCGCUUUGCUCCUCGCCCUGCCCGAGCUUCUAAUCCGGCAGCUGGUGAGAGAGGACCGUGAGCCUCCGGAAGUGACGCCUUGCGAACACUGCGUGGUCCGAAUCUCCACGGCUCUCCCGGACACGCUUUACGUCCUCGGACUCACCUACAACAGCGCUCGUCUCUGGUGGUACUUCGGCUGCUACUUCUGCCUUCCCACUCUCUUCACCAUCAUCAGCUCAGUGGUGACCGCACGCAAGAUCCGCAAGGCCGAGCGCGCCAGCGUCCGAGGCAACCGCAAGCAGAUCCAAUUGGAGAGUCAAAUGAACUGCAUUGUUGUUGCUCUGGCUAUCCUGUACGGAUUUUGCGUCAUACCAGAGAACAUCAGCAACAUCGUAUCGGUGUACAUGGCUACAGGUGUGCCGCGUCGCACACUGGAUAUCCUGCAUCUGGUGAGUCAGAUGAUGCUGUUCUGCAAGUCCGCGGUUACACCGGUGCUGCUUCUUGCUCUCUGUCGGCCCUUCAGAAAAGCCUUUCUGGACUGCUGCUGCUGCUGCUUUGAGGAGUGCGGCCCACCAAAGUCCUCGGAGCCCAACAGUGACGACAACGAUCAGGACGGCACCACCGAGCUGGAGCUUUCACCCUACAGUACUGUAGUCCGCAGGGAUCCAUCUACCUUCCCAAUCGCGGGAACUCACUGCUAA